GUGCCUCUACCCACAAGGCAUCGCCUGACAAACAAACAAACAGAUUUCAAGAUGGCGGCGGACAGUGACCCCGAGUCGGAAGUGUUCGAAAUCACGGACUUUACGACGGCGUCGGAGUGGGAGAGAUUUGUGUCAAGAAUUGAAGAAGUACUGAACAAUUGGAAACUGAUUGGAAGCACUGCAAGGGAUCCUUUGGAAAAGGGUGAAUUCACUUCUGGAGUGUGGGAGGAGAAGUCUGAUGAAAUUUCUUUCGCGGACUAUAAAUUCAGUAUAACACACCAUUAUCUCAAACAAGAAUAUCUGACUGAUAAAGAAAUAAAAGAAGAAUCUGAAGAAGAUGCUCUUCCUGAAGCAAUGCAGGAUUUACUAUCCAUGAGCAAUGAUUUUCCACCCAGGGCUCACUGUCUUGUCAGAUGGUAUGGUUUACGAGAGUUUGUGAUAAUUGCUCCAGCAGCAAGUAAUGAUGCGGUCAUCAGUGAAUCCAAAUGCAACCUUCUGCUCAGCUCCAUCUCCAUUGCAUUGGGAAACACUGGGUGUCAGGUGACUCUAUUUGUGCAAAUCCAGCAAAAGUCUCGGAGAAUGUACGUGGGCGCGUGUGAAGGUCCUGGUGUGCGGACAGAUUUUGAAAUGGUUCAUCUUCGGAAAGUGCCAAACCAAUAUCAUCAUUUAUCUGGUUUACUAGAUAUUUUUAAAUCAAAGAUUGGAUGCCCCUUGACACCUUUGCCCCCAAUAAGUGUAGCUAUUCGGUUUACAUAUGUCCUUCAAGACUGGCAACAAUACUCCUGGCCCCAGCAACCCCCAGAUUUUGAUGCAUUGGUUGGAGGAGAAGUGGGUGGUCUAGAAUUUGGAAAAUUACCAUUUGGAGCAUGUGAAGACCCGAUAAGUGAAUUACAUUUAGCCACCACGUGGCCUCAUCUCACAGAAGGCAUUAUUGUUGAUAAUGAUGUAUAUUCGGACCUUGAUGCUGUACAAGCACCCCAGUGGUCUGUUAGAGUAAGGAAGGCUGAUAACCCCCAAUGCUUAUUGGGAGAUUUUCUUACCGAAUUCUUCAAACUUUGUCGUCGAAAGGAAUCAACUGAUGAACUUCUCGGAAGGUCAGCUUUUGAAGAUGAAACCAAAGAAAGCACAGAUAUCAGCCAAGCAUUGCAGAAGCUCACAGAGCCAACAACUGUUCACAUGCCUAGACUAUCCACUAUGUCAAAUAUGGUUCACAGCGCUCGCAAGCGGAUGCAUAGACAUAGACGUGUGGAAGAGUCACCAAUUAGCAAUGAAGUUCUAAACUCCAUUUUAAUAUUUCUGUUCCCAGAUGCUGCUGGUGAUGUGUCUAAUGCUAAACGUAGUACCUCAAGAGGAAGUAAUAUCGCUACAUUUGAGGAAGAGAGUUAUAUGUGGACAUCUCUGGAUAAAGACACCAUUUAUUGCCCACCUCUAAUUGGCCAGAGGGCAGUUAAGAGUCAACUACAUUGCUGUGGGUCUGGAGUCACUUGUAGGCCAGACCAGAGUCUUUAUUGCCAAUUUAAAUCUGCUCCCUCAGACAGUCUGACGUACAAACUGUCAUUGUGUCUUUGUAUGGUUAACUUUUAUCAUGGCGGAAUGAGGGGCGUAGCCCAUUUAUGGCAGGAGUUUGUGUUGGAAAUGCGGUACAGAUUGGAAAAUAAUUAUCUUGUACCAGGGUUAGCUACCGGAGCUCCAGAUUUAAAAUGCUGCCUUUUACAUCAAAAACUGCAGAUGCUGAAUUGCUGCAUUGAGAGGAAAAAAGCAAGAGACGAUGGAAGGAAACAAACAGCUGAAAAUGCGCUGGGCGAUUCCAUGGAGAGGAAGGUGUCAAAUAGCAAAGUAACACCAGAAUGCCUUAAUAACAAAGGAGAAACUUCUCAACAGAAAUCGUGGGACUCGUGGAGUGAUAGUGAAGAUGAGUUUUUUGAAUGUCUGAGUGACACAGAAGAAUUGCAAGAUGGUGACAUGAAAGAAGAAGCAGCAAAAGGAGAGGAGAAAGAUGGUGGAAAGAAAGAUACACAUAAGUGGAGACCCGAAGGGCGUCUUCACCAACAUGGCAACUUGACUCUGAUUCGUACAGGAGAUCCACUUUAUAUUCCAGUUACACAGGAACCAGCACCAAUGACAGAAGAUUUAUUGGAAGAACAGUCAGAAGUAUUAGCUAAAUUGGGAACAUCAGCUGAAGGAGCACAUCUACGUGCUAGAAUGCAGAGCGCCUGUUUGCUGUCAGACAUGGAAUCUUUCAAGGCUGCAAAUCCUGGCUGUUGUCUGGAAGAUUUUGUGAGGUGGUAUUCUCCUCGUGACUACAUUGAGGAAGAAUUCACUGAUGAAACAGGUGACAAAGUUCUCAGAGGAGAGUUAAGUGCCAGAAUGAAAAUUCCUGGUAACAUGUGGGUGGAGGCAUGGGAAACAGCAAAGUCAAUUCCUGCUCGACGACAAAGACGUCUCUUUGAUGACACAAGGGAGGCUGAAAAGGUUCUUCACUAUUUAGUUGGCCUAAAACCUGCAGAUUUGACUCGACAUUUACUACCAUGCAUUUUGCAUGCUGCAUUGCUGAAAGUGAAAGAAGAAGAAUCAAUGGAAGAUAUCCCCUCUGUGAGAAAAAUAAUUCAGCAGAUUAUUGCUCAUGCUAGCAAACUUCUAAGAUAUUCAAACCCUGAUAUCAAAAAAUUGGAAGAGAUAAUUGGUCAGAUAAUAGCUUCAGAAGCCAUUAUUGCAAGAUCCAGAUCACUUCAAGCUAAAUUUGGAAUCCAGAAAUGUGAAAAGGAAGAGGAACGUGAAGAAUUGGAGAGGUUCGUGAGCCAACUCUUAGAACAGCCUGAAGUACCAGUCAUUGGAGCAGGACGAGGGCCUACAGGGAGCAUUAUUUACAAACUAUUUGUGAAUGCACAGAGGACUGCUACUUUGACUCCAAUUGAUGAUGAACCUAGAAAGCCAGAUUCUUCUGACGAGCACAGGUCAAGCUCAGGAACAGUAUCAGAAUUUCCUCCUCCAACUGGACGUGAAAUAAUUCUCCGGACAUCUGCACCUCGUCCUGCACCAUACUCCAAAUCUUUACCACAACGCAUGUACUGUGUUAUGUUAAAAGAUGACUUCCGUCUAGCUGGAGCAUUUUCAUCAGAUACAUCAUUCUUUUAGGAUUUGGAUAUUUGAUCAUUUAACCCAUUAAAAUAUUGUCAUACCAAAUAAUUCAAUGUCAUUCCUACAUAUGUUCACAUACUCGAGUAGACUUUUAAAGGAAUAUGUUUGGGUUCUAUGUUAAACAUCGGUGGCCCAAUCUAAAAUGCUAUUAAAUGUUUUUCAAGUUAGCAGUGUAAACAAGUACAAUGCAUGCACAUGUAGAAAACUUGCGUUGAUUCUGGCAGUAGUGCAGAUAAUGGUCUGAAUCUCCAUUUCAGCACAAAUAUUUAAAAAAGUAUAGUUAUAAUUAUGAAACUGUCCAAAUGUAAAAUGAAACUGAUUAGUGCAUUGUGAAUUUUGAUAUGGUCAUUAGUUCAGUUGCUAUAUUGGUUAAUGCAGGAGUAGCAACAUUGUUUAUAGAACUACUAAUGAUGUGGAAGAAUUCUGUUCUGUAACAUGUACUCCACAUCAAAGACAUUGCUGGUUGUGCAUGCUUGAAGAAUUUUAUUGCAUUAAUAAAUCUUAUUAAAGCA